GCGUUGCCAGGCAUGAGUUGUCCAGGGCAUCCCUUCCUUUGUAACACCUGAAGCAUUCAUUUUCCCUCGCCACCUUCUGAGGCAUCAUAGAACUACACGCAUUACCUCCACAGAUCUUGACUUGAAAUUGCCGUGGGGGUGGUCUGGAGGUGCCUGGUGGUCGACCCUUUCUGGCUGUGGCUGGUCGAAGUUUGGGUUUUGAUUUGGACACCCUUCUUUGUGUUGGUUGAGCACCACCUGUUGGCCAUGGAGGUAUUACAGAAACCCGGGGUGGAGGGGUGAUCCCAUUUGGGAGUUCUGGUCUCUGUGUUGCUGCUGAAGUCUGACUGCUGGACGUAAACACCAAAGAAAAGGGAAACAUUUCAGCUCACGGAGAGGAAGAAGAGAGGACCCUCAAACUAAACCUUGAGGUUUCUAGCCGUGGGAAGUUGGUGUCUCCAAAGUGGAAGAAUUUCAAGGGCCUGAAGCUCCAGUGGAGAGAUAAGAUCCGGCUGAAUAAUGCCAUCUGGCGGGCCUGGUACAUGCAGUAUCUGGAGAAGCGCAAGAAUCCUGUGUGCCACUUUGUGACGCCCCUGGACGGCUCUGUGGAUGUAGAUGAGCACCGCCGGCCAGAGGCCAUCACCACGGAAGGGAAGUACUGGAAGAGCCGCAUCGAGAUUGUGAUCCGGGAGUAUCACAAGUGGAGAACCUACUUCAAGAAAAGGCUACAGCAGCACAAGGAUGAGGACCUCUCCAGCUUGGCCCAGGACUAUGACAUGCUGUACUGGCACAAGCACAGGGACGGAUGGAAGACCCCCGUCCCCAUGGAGGAGGACCCCCUGCUGGACACAGACAUGCUCAUGUCGGAAUUCAGUGACACCCUCUUCUCCACGCUGUCUUCACACCAUCCAGUGGCCUGGCCCAAUCCCCGGGAAAUAGCACAUCUGGGAAAUGCAGACAUGAUCCAGCCGGGGCUGAUGCCUCUGCAGCCUAACCUGGACUUCAUGGACACCUUCGAGCCUUUCCAGGACCUCUUCUCUUCUAGCCGCUCCAUUUUUGGCUCCAUGCUACCUGCACCUGCCUCAGCACCUGUACCAGAUCCCAACAACCCACCUGCACAGGAGAGCAUCCUGCCGACCCCCGCCCUCCCCACCGUGAGCCUUCCUGACAGCCUCAUCGCGCCCCAUGCUGCCCCAUCCCUGGAUCCUGUGGAUGGGCAGGGCUGUGAACCCGCUUCCCGGACUGAGGACCCAUUUAUCCAGCCCACAGACUUCGGUCCCUCAGAGCCGCCUCUGAGUGUCCCACAGCCCUUCCUGCCCGUCUUCACCAUGCCCCUGCUGUCCCCCAGCCCUGCCCCGCCAUCUGUGUCCCCAAUGUUACCGAUAGUUCCUCCUCCAGCCACUGCCCUGAACCCUCCGGCUCCACCCGCCUUCCAGCAGCCACAGAAGUUUGUUGGAGUCAGCAAACCGCCGUCUGUCAUCACCCACACAGCCUCCGCAACCCUCACCCAUGAUGCCUCCGCCACCACCUUCAGCCAGAGUCAGGGCCUCGUCAUCACCACCCAUCACCCUGCCCCAUCAGUGACUCCCUGUGGCCUGACACUGUCUCCUGUCACCCGGCCUCCCCAGCCUCGGUUAACUUUUGUGCAUCCCAAACCUGUAUCCUUGACGGGGGUAAGGCCUAAGCAGCCUCACAAAAUAGUGCCUGCUCCCAAACCAGAGCCCAUGUCCUUGGUGUUGAAGAAUGCCUGCAUCGCCCCAGCUCCCUUUUCAGGCCAACCACAAGCAGUGAUCAUGACAUCAGGGCCUCUGAAGAGAGAAGGGAUGUUGGCCUCCACGGUGUCCCAGUCCAACGUGGUCAUCGCACCUGCCGCCAUCGCCAGGGCUCCUGGGGUCCCGGAGUUCCACAGCAGCAUCCUGGUGACAGAUCUCGGCCACAGCACGAGCAACCCACCCGCCCCCGUCUCCCGGCUCUUCCCAAGCACAGCGCCAGACACCCUGGGGAAGGCCGAGCAGGUCCCACUGCAUGGGGGCAGCCCCCAGGUCACUGUCGCAGGGCCCAGUCGGGACUGCCCAAACUCAGGGCAGGCCUCUCCGUGUGCGUCAGAGCAGAGCCCCAGCCCUCAGUCUCCCCAGAACAACUGCUCAGGGAAAUCCGACCCCAAAAAUGUGGCUGCAUUAAAGCAGAACCGGCAGAUGAAACACAUCUCAGCUGAGCAGAAAAGGCGCUUCAACAUUAAGAUGGGCUUCAACACACUCAACAGCCUCAUCUCCAACAAUUCCAAGCUGACCAGCCAUGCCAUCACGCUGCAGAAGACCGUGGAGUACAUCACUAAGCUGCAGCAGGAAAGGGGCCAGAUGCAGGAGGAGGCCCGGCGGCUGCGGGAGGAGAUCGAGGAGCUCAAUGCCACUAUCAUCUCCUGCCAGCAGCUGCUCCCUGCCACAGGAGUCCCCGUCACCCGGCGCCAGUUCGAUCACAUGAGAGACAUGUUUGAUGAAUACGUGAAAAGCCGAACCCUACAGAAUUGGAAGUUCUGGAUUUUCAGCAUCAUCAUCAAGCCGCUGUUCGAGUCGUUCAAGGGCAUGGUGUCCACCAGCAGCCUGGAGGAGCUGCACCGCACGGCGCUGUCCUGGCUGGACCAGCACUGCUCCCUGCCCAUCCUCAGGCCAAUGGUGUUGAACACGCUGCGGCAGCUGAGCACCUCCACCUCCAUCCUCACAGACCCGGCGCAGCUGCCGGAGCAGGCGUCUGAGGCCAUCACCAGGAUUGGCAAGAGACUGGGGGAGUCUUAGCUGCUUAGCUGGCAUGUGGCCGCAUGAGAUGCCAGGAGACCCUUCCCUGCCCAUUGAGAGGAGGCUGCGCCGCCCCCCCAGCCCUUCCUGACACUCAGCCUCGGUGCCUCCCUCCAACUCUGCUGGCCCACCGCACCGUCGGGAGGCCUUGCUCAGGUCUGAAGCAGGUUUGGGGCCUGCUGACAGCAAUAGCCCACCUUUGGGAACCCCUUGCUGUGAACUCUCUCACUCAGUGACCUCAGUCACCAACCUCCACUGCCCUUGGGGCAGACAAAAGGGAAGUGCUGGCCGUGCUAGUCUGCCCUCCUGGUGGCCUGCCAGGCCGAGCGCCGGUGAGUGGAACCCUUGAGUUGAGGGUGACAGGGCCUGCUCCUGCCCUGAGACCCAGCCUUGUCCCUCUUGCCAUGCCUGUCCACAUGCAUGCCUCUGAUGUCCUGCUCCACUCUCUGGCCUGCCCAUGGGGCUGUUAGAAGGUGUCUUUCUUUCUCCCCUCAACUCUGACAGCACCCAGCCCUUGUGGAUGGACUUGGGCUUCUUUUCAGGCUUAUGCAUGGCAGGCUGCGAGGGGGAAGUGCCUUCUUCAGAGACCGCUGAGGACACAUGUUUGCAAAAACAAUGGAUGUGACACACAGGACCAGAAUGGAAGUGUACGAUGCCCAGUGGCUGCUCUGGCUGGGAGGCCCUGCUGGGCAUGUUUCAUCUGUCCUCUUAUAGUUCCACGGGGCCUUCUUGGAUGUCACCUCACCACCAUGGCCCUUCUGCCAUUCUUCUCCACACACCUCCAGCGGCAGCUGUGGACAGGUCAGGUGUGUCCGUAGGAGCUUAGAACCCUGAAGUUCUAGCAUGCAGAAGAUCAGACUACACGUCCUGCUGUCAGCCUUGUCAUCUUGUCUGACGUUCAGCUAGGAGCCCCAAACCAGGACAGUUCUUGGACCAAAGAUGCCCCCACAAUCAAAAGUCUGUCGCGUCAUGUGUUUGGAGAAGGAAACAAUGUUGGCAGGCAGCAGUCUGCGGUCAUCAGUCCUCAGCUGUCUCUAGGCAUCUCUCAGAUCAGACAGCAAAGAAUCUACCCAGAUCUGGGCUGGGUGGAGGCAUGGCUGGGCUGAGGGCCAUUCUGAGCCCACAGCCAGAGGCUGGCUCAGCCUCAGUCCUUGCCUUUCUCUGGUUACCUCUGCAGAGAGCUGCAGGGGCAGGCACUCUCUCCAGCACUCAGGAAGCCCAGCCAAGAGUACCUCCACGUGGAAAGAACGUGCUUUAAAGCCCUGCUGAGGAGUUCGGAGCUGCCAGCAGGCUUUCCAGGCGACCUCUGCCCUCUCUGCCUGCAGGGCCUGGGGAGGGCUUUGAGGGAGCCUGGGAGCCAUGUGAAGAGGGGCACCCCUGGGAUGCCCCCAAAGUUUAGAUCCAGUUGGAGGCUCUCCCUGGCUCCUGCAGGCCUGCAGGGGUUCCCCUACUGUAGGCCAUGGGCCAGCUGCCUGCCCCUUUGUGCUUCAGCCCCACACAAGAGCAGCUUGGUGACACCACUCAGCUACCCAGAGCGCGUGUUUAAAGGCUUUCCAGAUCACCUUCCCGUGGGGUGAACGUAAGAUGAGGCCAGGCUGGUCCUUGGAAAUUCCCCUGGGAAAUGCUAAUAGACUCCAUCCUUUACGUGGGGAUAAGCAUGAAGGCAUCAUCCCAAAGGUAGAGACCACCGUGGUAGGAAUUCCACCAAGGCCAGAAGGGAAAAAGGAAGCACCAGCGUGGCCAGCUGUGCAGGCGCUGGGGAGGGUUGCGAGUGCAGCCCCUCUCCACUUCCGUGCCUUUGUAAAACGUGUAGAUCACCGCAGUGGUUGGCUGAGCCAAGAACUCCUAAAUCAAUGGCUUUCUCCCCACCCCUUGCCGGGGAGUCAUUUUUUAAAACUCCGUGGGAUAUAAAAUUGGCCUCCUGCCGCUUCGGCCUACCUCUCCCUCUGCUGACUUAAUGUUGUGAUUCUGUUUCUUCAGAUAUUUAAGGCUGUUAGGUUGUAUGAGCCUUGAAGGAUGUGUGUGUGUGUGUGUGUGUGUGUGUGUGUGUGUGUGUCUGUGUGUCUGUGUGUCUGUGUGUCUGUCCGUUCGUCCUAGCGACUGCCUAGUAGAUGCAUAUCUUUGGAGACAUUUCUGUAACUCAUUCUCUUGGUGCUCACGAUUGCCAUGGCCAUAGGGCCACAGUGCCAUAUCUCUGCUGCAAACAUGAUCGUUUCUUUCUCUAGAGGUUUUCUUGUUUUGGAAUCUUGCCUGAUGAAUCCAGCCAGACCAAGGGCCCUAGAUUUGAUCUCUGUCCUGGGCUCCUGGGCCAGGCGCAGGGACGUCUGAGGCCACUCUGCUGGCCGCCUCCAGUGGAUGCUGACCACAGGGUGGGCUUUGUUUACACUCACUUCACCCUGAUUCUUGUCCCCACUUCCAUAAAAGAAACUUGCCGUUGCUUUAGAGAGAAAGAAAAUCAACCUGGGCCAUGCGCGGUGGCUCCUGCCUGUGAUCCCAGCACUUUGGGAGACUGAGGCUGGAGGAUCACUUGAGCUCAGGAGUUGGAGACUAGCCCUGGCAACAUAAUGAGACCCUGUACUCUA